AUGCCUUCCUUCACCGUUUACAAGGGCCAAAAGGGCGGUAAGGUCUACAAGACCGAAACGUCCAAACCCGAGCUUCAAGGCGACCAGAUCCUCAUCAAAGUCACCGCCUCCGGCCUCUGCGGUACGGAUCUCCACUACCGCGAAGCAGACCAGGGCAUUGGCCACGAGGGCGUCGGCGUCGUCGAGGCGACUGGACCAGGCGUUACACACUUGAAGAAAGGCGACCGUGUCGGUUGGGGUUACCAGCAUAACAGCUGCGGCCACUGCCAGGAAUGUCUGCGUGGGAAUGAGACGUACUGCGCCGAGCGACAAAUGUACGGAUACGCGAAUCUGGACCAGGGAUCUUGUGCUUCGCAUGCUGUGUGGCGAGAGGCUUUCCUGUUCAACAUCCCCGACAGCAUGAGCGACGAGGUAGCCGCACCCAUGAUGUGCGGUGGUGCUACGGUUUUCAACGCUCUGCACGCCUACAGUGCACAGCCAACUGAGACCGUCGGUGUGAUGGGCGUUGGCGGUUUAGGCCAUCUUGCGAUCCAGUUCGCGGCGAAGAUGGGAUGCCACGUCGUUGUGUUGUCGGGUUCGGAUAAGAAGAAGGACGAGGCGCUCAAGCUUGGUGCUCAGGAGUUCAUUGCGACCAAGAAUGUGAAGGAGAUCAAGCCUUCGCGACCACUCAACCGCUUGCUUGUGACGACCUCGGCGCAGCCAGACUGGGAGAAGCUUGUUCCUGCUUUUGCUCCUGGUGCGACCAUCCAUCCUUUGUCGGUGGACGAGGGUAACUUCGCUAUCCCAUACAUGCCACUCCUCGCCAAUGGUCUCACAGUUCAGGGCUCGAUCGUUGCUUCGAGAUACAUUCACACCCGCAUGCUCGACUUUGCGGCUCUCCACAAAAUCGAGCCGAUCAUCGAGAAGUUCCCAAUGGACGAAUCGAACAUCAACCAGGCGAUGGACAAGCUUAACGAGGGUAACAUCCGGUACCGCGGGGUGUUUGUCAACCAAUAA